AUAAAACUCAUUCAAUUUGCAAAUACCAUAAUGGCGAACCAUGCCCUCCUUCUUGCAUCAUUCUUCUUCUUCCUCCUUCAUUUUGGAGCCAAAGCUGCGACGAUGACUGCGAAAAACAAUUGUCCAAGAACCAUAUGGCCAGCAACAUUAACGAGCGGUCCAGGGCAACCCCAACUAUCAACAACAGGGUUCGAGUUAGCUCCUGGAGCGUCAAAGUCAUUUAACGUCCCUGCGCCAUGGACCGGCCGAGUAUGGGCACGAACCAGAUGCUCCAACAACGGUGGACGGUUCACUUGCUUGACUGGAGAUUGCGGUCGUGGCCUCUCAUGCAAUGGCGCUGGAGGAGUUCCACCAGUCACACUAGCUGAAUUCACCAUCGCUCCCAACGGUGGCAAAGAUUUCUAUGAUGUCAGCCUCGUGGACGGCUUCAACAUUCCGAUCACAAUCACCAUCCAAGGUGGCACAGGGCCCUGUCGAUCCUCGAACUGCCAUGCCGACGUGAAUAAGGUUUGCCCGGGCGAGCUGCAGGUGAAAUCAGGCAAUGAAGUGAUCGCUUGCAAGAGUGCUUGCCUUGCGUUCAACCAACCAAGGUACUGCUGCACUGGAGAAUUCAAUGAUCCUAACAAGUGCAAGCCAACGAACUAUUCAAUGAUCUUUGAGAGGCAAUGCCCAGAUGCUUACAGUUAUGCAUAUGAUGAUAAGAACAGCACUUUUACUUGCAACAAUAGACCAAAUUAUCUCAUCACAUUUUGUGGUUGAGAAAAUGGAAUUGAAGAUGAAGACAGUAAUGGCUUGGUAGCUAGCCAUGAGAGAAAAGUAUUUGAGAAUAAAAGUCAACACUUACUAUAGGGUGUUCAGAGUAUAGGAUAAUAAAUGAUGUUUUGAAAUAAACUUUACUGUCUUAUCAUAUGUCAAACUCAAUAAUCAAUAUCAUACAUUGAAUAAUAAGAAAAUAAAAUCAACUUCUAUAA